UCAGAGCUUCAAAGAGGCUGUCACGUCACCGAAGCUUACCACACAACAGAGUACAGAAGUUAUUCGCCAUCGCUCCCCUGCACCUGAGCACCUAAACAUCUAAUUUUGGACUAUCCGUGGUAGGACUGUUCAUGCUAAAAAUACUGUUCUGGACAACUAGUGCAGACAUUGACUGUAGUGGGGAUAUCUGACUCGGAAGCAUGAGGCUUCAAAAGGCCUGCGUGUUAGUGCUACUGAUCACUCAGAUUUCUCUAGUCUCAGCAGAGGGGAACUUUCUCUACGACCCCAAAUUCUGCUACAUCCUAGAUGUGUUCCUCUUAAGCUAUGGCAUCAUAAUCACGGGCCUGUUUCUGCGGGAGAGAUACAGGAAGCCAAAAACUAAAAGUCUGGAUGAUUCUGACUAUCAGGUACUAAGAGAGGGAAACCAAAUCACUUAUGACAGAUUGAGACAGAGAGAUGCUGAAGGUGGACGUGCCCAUGGGCGUCGCAGACCGCAAGAGGACACAUACACGCCUCUGCAGAAAAAGCCAGAGGACCCAUACAGAGAGAUCCAAGUUAAGAAGGAUCGUCGACAGGAUCAGGUGUACCAGGGUCUGAGUUCUGCUUCUAAGGACACCUACGAUUCUCUGCACAUGCAACCUCUGCCUCCACGUCGCUAACAUGUUAAGCAGUGUUCAUUUGUAACAAGUUCAAUCUUGCAUUCCAAGUUUCACUGCUGAAGAAUGUGGAGUCUCUUACUUACCUGUAUAAUAAAUCAAUCCCCAAUUUACUGUUACUUCGAAAACACCAUUUAGCUUUGUCCGUUCAGUUGUAUUGAGUUGAUUUGAGACUUCUGGUAAUGUAUGGACAACAAAGAUGAGAAUGUCUACUACCAUGUGGAAGAAAUCGACUGAUGUUAGAAUUCUAAACUGCCCCUCAAAGCAUUUUUUUCAACUUAUCUAAUUCAGUAAUGUUUUUAACAGAUCAACUUCAAAACGAAUUUUAAGCAACUUUGCAACUGUACUUAAAUGUUGAAAACAGAAAAAAAUAUGUAUACCAAUACAUGCUUGAGUAGAACAGCUUCUUACAGCUCAUGUAGCAGAAUGUCAGGGGCGGCGCUGUUCUGGUUUCAUGUGGUCUAUGGCAACCCAUAUGACAACAUAUCUAGCAAAACCAAUGUAUGAGCACCAACAAAGGAGGGCAUGAAAAGGUUUCCAUUUAGCUCUAGCCGUAGUGUGUGCACACACCAAUCAGCUACUGUGCUGUGAUGAGGAUCAGGCAAGGAAUGACUUAUUUGGCUUUUACAGAUUUCUUUUUUUUGUAAGUGAUGCUGAUAUACUGAGAAUUUCUGUACAUUUGAUGUGAAACUGCUUUAUUUUUCAUAAUGUAUAAAA